CCCUGGCAGAUUAUACCUUUCCGAAUUCUUCACCGGCCUUGGGUGGGUGUUGACCAAAAAAUUAUGGGGAGAGCUUGAGGUCAAAUGGCCUCAGUGUUGCCAAGGAUUCAGUUGGGAUCUUUGGCUGCGUCACAAUGCCAAUACCAAAGGGAGGCGCACCAUCAUCCCCGAUGUAUCGCGGACGUUCCACUUUGGUAGGAAAGGCAGUAACGUCAACAACGACUUCUUCUAUGUGCUCUACUUUCUGCACCACUCGUUCAACACGAACAAAUACACGCAGAUUGCAGACAUGCACCGGAUGACUGAG